CCAGUACUGCGUUAUGCACAGACAGCUGCACAUCUGUAAUGCUAGUGCCAGUCUGGAGAGCCUGCAUGUGGACAACCACCUCACUCCUCGCUCGGACACCGCUUGGAUAUAAUGGAGAAUACACAUUGCCCUAAUCUGCUGUUAGAAUACAAGUCCAUUGGGGGUAUGAAAACGUCGAGUAAAUCUUGAUAAUCAUACAUGUUGAUGUGGAGGACGUUACGGACGUAUUUGAUUUGAUUUUGUGCCAUGAAAAAGGUCAAAGGUAACACUUAACUUUAUUUCAAAAGCGCAUUUCUGUGCGUUUCCACGCGCCUCGGCUUUUGGCGUUCCUCUCAGCUCCCUGCGUGGGGAAAGCUGAUGUCUUCAUUUGACUCUUUGCAGUUGGUGAUGGUGGAUCUCUCUCGGAUUUCCAAUGUGGAAACCAGCAUCCAAUUAGUUUGCGACUGAGCGCCUGGAGAGAGAGAGAGCGCGCAGCGGCACAUAGAACAACCAGUCACUCCAGCGCGCAGUCUACCUGUGGGCAGACGCAUAGUUUUGGCGCUCUGUACAGAGGUGUACAGAGGGAAGAUAAUACGCUCAUCAAGCCUUGUUUCGUUCAUUUUAAUGGGGAUUUUUACUAGAUCUACCUUUUUUGAUAUUGUAAAUUACGGAAUAACGCAUCGGAUCUUGUUUAUGUCGCCGUUAUCAGAUACAACUGUUUAUUCUGAAUAUUUCGUUUGGAUACAACAACUUCUGACUCACCAGGGAACAUUAAAUGCAUCGCUGUGAGCUGGAUUAUAAUACUGAUAGCAAUUGCAGGUCUGCAAGGGCCAGAUUUAAGCUUCCUUCAUAGGAACUGAGUCUAAGAUGAAGUUAUGGGAUGUUCUGGCCACGUGUUUGUUGCUCCUGAGCUCCGUCUCCACACGCCCCCUCUAUCAAAACCUUCAGCCAGCCAAGCGAGCUCACCACUCAGAUCGGUACGCUGAUUCCCGGUCCGUGUACGUGGAGGAACCAGAGCUCCAGUCCGAGUCUCACGGCCUGCAGGAGAUCUCCAUUGAGGAUAAAUAUGACAUCACCGGCCCAUAUCCGGACCAGUUUGAUGAUGUAAUGGAUUUCAUCAAGGCUACCAUUGGCAGACUCAGGAGGUCAUCAGAGCCCACUGGUGGCACAAAGGGAAGGAGGGAGCAGAGAGAGCAGGAGAGACAGAGAGGAACAGCAAACACAGGCCGAGGAGGAGGAGGGAGAGGAGAGGGGAGAGGAGGGGCUAGAGGAGGACGUGGGGAGAAGAAGGGUCGGGGACGAGGGGGCAAAGGAAGGAGCAGUGAAAGAGGCGAGCAGCGGACGAAGCCGGUCGAAGGACGAGGCUGCUUGCUAAAAGAGGUCCAUCUCAACGUUACAGACUUGGGUCUGGGAUACCGGACCAAAGAGGAGUUGAUCUUCCGGUACUGCAGUGGCCCGUGUUCAGAUGCAGAGACCAACUACGACAAGAUCCUCAACAACCUCACCCACAGCAAGAAGCUAGUCAAGGACACGCCCUCCCGCACCUGCUGCCGACCAAUCGCCUUUGAUGAUGACCUGUCGUUCCUGGAUGACAAUAACGAGGACUACCACAUUCUGCAGAAGCAUUCCGCCCGAAAAUGUGGCUGUGUCUAACUCGAGGAGAGACGAAAGAAAGGCUGACAGACAGACCUGGAUAAGUGGGAGCAGUCGGCCAGUCAGAGGGACGGAACCGAGUGGAGAAGUCAGCAACAUCAGAGACAUUUUCUGCCCAGUGUCGUCUUACAACCCAUGGCCAGUGUUAGCUUAUCCUGUGACCUACUCCAGAAAAGUUACAAUGGGGUGAAUCUCCAGUGAUUAGGCUGAUCCAGGGUCCAGGUCAGCUCACCUUGGAGAAGGUUCUCCUCUGUGCUCCUGUGACAGUUUAUGACUGACAUUGAUUACCUAGAAAUUCAGCCUAACCGCUUAUAAAAGAGGCAUUCGGAAUUAAUGAAUGAUUGGAUCUGGUCCUUGGGGGCCUGCAUGGAUGCUGCUUCAUGUGAGGAACCCGAGGAACCUGAGGAACCACGGUGUUAGACUCUUAGGCUUCAGUGGAGUUGGUGAGAUGAAACGAGGCUCCGGAUAUGGCAAACUGGUCCGUGCCUCCAUACAUCAGUUAUUUCUGGGAACAUCAGUUUUCCGUCAUCAGCUCCUGAGGCUAACUGUGAGAGCAGGCCCUGUCCUGACGAGUAUUACCAGCUGUAGUCCAGUGUUCUGGUUCCACGGCACAGACUGGAUCUUGAAGUUUACAUUCACAAUGAACGAGGGAACCAGAGGGAGGAAAAAAGUAGAGAGUACUCUUGAACCUGCCUACAGCAGAGAGACAUUGUCUUGUACGACACAUCCAAUGUAAAAUCCAUGAUAUUUAGAAUUAUAUAUAAGAUGUAUUUAUUAAGAUGGAAUUAACUUAUUGUUAUUUAUUGCAGUCAAUGUUAUGAAAUGUUUGUUUUUCUUAUUUAUUUGAGCUUUGUUUUGUCCUGGAUAGUGCCAAAGCGGAGCAUUUGUUUUCAAAGGGAAAUCAGAUUGUGCUGAAACAACCAGAUUCAAGGUGCAGCCAUAGCUAAUCAAAUUCAACCUUCAGCUUCAAAAUGCUUUACAGUUCGAUCUCAAAUCCAUGGUAGUUAAUCCUAAACCCACUGCUGAUUCCAAAACAUCAUGGAUUUAGGAGAAUAACAGAAGGUUUCAGGUUUUGGGAAGGAGAACAGAGAGUAGAAACAGGGCAGAGUGGACCAAUUUUAACCUUUUUCACCAAAAACAGAGAAACUUAUCUCUGCUUACAAUCAUUUUGAAAGAUGCCAGGUUUGAGCGUCUUUGACAGUGUUUCCCAUUUGUCACUAAUGGAAAGCAGAAAGAAUUGAGUGGCCUGGGAGUUUAGGUUCUGACGACCUGAGAGAGACCGGUCGACUGCUCCUUACUUUUAACUCCAAGUCGAGGGGUAAACAGACUUCUGGCAAAACCAGGGCGUAAACCAUAUGUUUACAAAGGAGCAUACAAACCCGGCUUUCUCAGUUUAUUUUCAAGACAUAAUGAAGUUUAACUGCCAGUGGUUUUCCCAGUGAGCUUUGUCUUUCCAUACAGUACUCUUUUUAACAUUAAUUCAAGAAAUCCUCUUCUAGAUAGAUUAACAAAAAUCUCUCAUUGGUAGAGAGAUGGUGCCCGACAGAUUGGAUAUGGGCAGCCUCCAGGUACAUUAUCUUCAACUCACUCUUUUACAUUCUGGAAAGUAAUGUGUUCACAGCUCACAAAAAAAAAGCUAGAAAGGAAAAAUGCAAUAGAAGCAGUCGGUAAACACCUUUGACAGCCUAGCCUAUGGAGAAGGGACCCGUAGUACUUGGGUCACCACAGUGCAGAAGUUGAUGGUAUGCCUGUACGCUUGGCUGCCAGGGUCUUAUACCUCAACCAUUCAGAUGGGUCCUUGGCUCCACACCAAGUCUAGGCAAAGGCUUUGUAGUGGUUAUAGUCCCAGUAGGCUUUAACGUUCCUGGGAGUCUCUGGGUCUCGAUCGGCCCUGACAGACACACAGGUCUUUCUCACUCAUCUGGGGUUAGUCAGAACACCAUCCUCUGACAUGCAGUUUAGCCCCGCUACUCCUCCUGGCAAAGGCUGUUUAAUACCAUUUAAGGGAGACCUGGCUGCAGGCAGGACAACAGAAACAGACCGACUCGGUGACAUCACUGAGGGAGAGACAGGGGAGAGCUGUGGGAUCCAGGCCUUCUCAGUGUGAACUCUACACAGCAUACUGUCAAUAACAACCCCAAAUUCCUACUAAACAGAAAGAACACUAAGAGGAAUCUUUCAAAGCACAACACUGCCAAGCCCUUAUUCCACGCUCGUAGAGAAGAGCUUUAAGUGAAGCCCAGAAAUAGGAAGCCCCACGGCAGGUCUUGAUGUUAGCAUGGAUUACGGAGCAGAGUAUCUGUGCUCACUCAACAGCAACCAAGCCAGCUUUAGUCCCAUAAUCCCUCCCCUGAACACAGAACAAAUCCACGGCCUCAAGCUGAAUUUAGGCCAAACACUGUCAGAGAAGAAAAAACAAAGCUUUAUCACAGCAUACUUUUAUCAAUUGGAUCAUCUUUCCCAUUAAUAACCUAUUUCCACUUUUCCAGAUAAGAAAUGUGCAUUCUGGAGAAUUCCCAAAAGCCUCUUGGGGACUUGCCCACCCAUACCUUAGAAUUGUGUGUGAACUGUGACUGACCACUUCCCCUGUCUUUACAUACUGUUAGCGAAACGGUCAGUGUACUUUCCCCGUGUGUUCCAAAGCCCAGCAGGUAUUCUGUCAAGGUGACACGUGUCUAAAUGUAGAGGACUCGCCAGUGCAAACACCCAGCAGGAGGACCGGACUGCAUCGUUGUUUUCAGAUCCAUGUUGUGAUUACCUCUGUGAAAGAAAAGGUGUGAUGUCUCAUUUGUUUUGUGUUACUGAACCAAAGCUCUCAAACUUUA